AAACAACAUCAUUUCUAUAUUAUCAAGUUUAAAGUAUGUGCGGUGCUGGCCCCAGAUGUACUCGUGCUUACCCCAUAACCAGACGAGCACUUCAACGGUUCAAGUUGCAUACAAUUGAGGUCUACAGGCAUAGGUUUAGUUAUUUUGGUAGUUGCAACCAUCGAUAUUUUAUUUUCUUUGAUUUCUACGUACACUGGCAGCUUUGGCAAUGGCUGCAACAGUAAAAAUGAUUCUGGGCUCAUUUGCCUUUGCAAUAUUCUGGGUCCUAGCAGUUUUUCCUGCAAUCCCAAUUCUGCCAAUUGGAAGAACUGCAGGUUCUCUUCUAGCUGCUGUUCUUAUGGUUAUUUUUCAAGUCAUAACCCCUACAGAAGCAUAUUCUUCAAUUGACAUUUCAAUUCUUGCACUUCUUUUUGGAACGAUGGUUGUCAGUGUCUACCUUGAAAGAGCAGAUGCAUUUAAGUACUUGGGCAAAUUACUUUCCUGGAAAAGCCUAGGGGCUAAGGACUUGAUUUUUAGAGUCUGCUUAGUUUCUGCAAUUACGAGUGCUUUUUUCACUAACGACACUUCUUGUAUUGUCUUGACUCAAAUGGUACUCAAAAUUGCAAGACAACGUAAUCUCCCUCCCCAUCCUUUCUUAUUAGCAAUCGCCUCGAGUGCAAACAUUGGAUCUUCUGCAACUCCAAUUGGCAAUCCUCAAAAUCUAAUUAUAGCUUUAAAUGGAGAUAUUUCUUUUUGGCCUUUUUUGGGUGGAAUUUUCCCUGCAGCAGUUGUAGGACUUCUUUUGAAUUAUGGUCUCCUUCUAUGCAUGUAUUGGAAGCAAUUAUCUUCUCAAAAGAUCGAAGGAAAUGAAAAUGCAGAAAUUACUGCUGAAGCUGAAAUUACUUACCACAGGUUAAAUUGUCAAGAAAUAUGCCUUGGAUUGGAUAUGCAGAGCUCUCCAUAUGUUCUUGAGAAUUUGGCCGCUUUAUCUAAUGGUGUAUUGGAACGUUCAAGUGCAGCUUCAAAAUGGAAAGCCCUAAUCUGGAAAUCUUGUGUUUAUCUAGUAACCAUCGGAAUGUUGAUUGCAUUGCUUAUGGGUGUGAAUAUAUCUUGGACUGCGUUGACUGCUGCACUUUCUCUCAUGGUUCUUGAUUUUAAAGAUGCUCAGCCUUGCCUUGAGAAGGUGUCAUAUUCUCUUUUGGUUUUCUUUUGUGGGCUGUUCAUGACAAUCACUGGAUUCGAAAAAACUGGAAUUCCAAGCUAUUUGUGGGAGUUUUUGGAGCCCUAUGCACACAUUGACCACGCUAGCGGGAUAACAGUUCUUGCUCUGAUCAUCCUUAUCCUCUCAAACUCCAUCUCAAAUGUUACAACUGUUCUGUUACUGGGGGGAAGGGUGGCAGCAUCAGCAGCAAGUAUUUCUCCGACGUAUGUGAAGAAGGCAUGGCUAGUUUUAGCAUGGGUAAGCACUGCGUCUGGUAACUUCACACUAGUGGGUUCAGCUGCCAAUAUGAUAGUCUGUGAGCAGGCUCGCAAUGCCCCUAACUUCGGAUGCAACUUGUCUUUCUUUGGCCAUCUCAAGUUUGGACUUCCCUCUACUAUUUUAGUCACUGCUAUUGGCUUGACGCUCAUACACUAGUUUACAGUCUUCUAAAUGUGAUUAUAUUUUAUUGAACUUGUUGAAAUUACCAUUAAUUGAUAAUUUGAUUCCACUAGCCA